ACAGUGACCACGGCAACCGGCGGCGCAGAGGAGGAGAACUUUGAGGACAUUGCGGAGCACGGCAUUGUCGGCGUGGCCGGCGAUGACAUGUUUGCGCGCAAGGUGAUCACCAUCUACGCCUGUCGGCUGCCGGCCAGCAAGACCUUUGACUAUGCCAAGUUUCUCAGAUACCUCCUGAGGACGCUUGACCUUUAUGUGGAGAACGACUAUGCGCUGGUGUACUUUCACCAGGGACUGUGCAGUGAGAACAAGCCCUCGCUCGGGUGGCUGUGGACGGCCUACCGCUCCUUUGAUCGGAAGUACAAGAAGAACCUCAAGGAGCUCUUUAUCGUCCACCCGACCAGCUUUAUAAAGAUUGUCCUGCAGCUCUUUCGACCGCUGAUUAGCACCAAGUUUGGCCGGAAGAUUCACUACAUUACCGAGCUGGAGCAGCUCAGGGCGCAUCUGCACCUGGAGCGGAUUCACAUUCCGCCGUCGGUUUUUGAGCACGACAAGAAGCAACUUCGACCGAAACUGACCACCUGGUUCAUCUCUUCUAAUGUCGGCAACUCUUCAGUGGCAUCAUCAUCGGCCAACUCUCAGGGCACUUUGAGUCGGUCGGCUUCCUUUUACCCGAGCACUCAGCAGUUUCGAGUGUCGCUUGACUUUCUGGUGGAGCAAAACUCGGGCGAUCCAAUUCCGCCUAUUGUUCGGCAGUGUGUGGACUACCUGCAGGGAUCGGACUGUUGUCUGGACACGGAGGGCAUCUUUCGGCGGUCGGCAGUAGUUCGCCUGGUGAAGGACGUUCAGUCGAAGGCCAACCAGGGGGUGAAGGUGGACUUUGCAGCCAUGGAGGAGACGGAAGGGGCUGAUGCUACAGUCCAUGUGGCUGCUGUCAUUCUCAAGUCAUUUCUACGGGAGUUGGCGGAGCCGCUGCUCACCUUUGACCUGUACGAUGAGGUGAUCAACUUUCAGCAAGUUUCGGGUGGUCCUUCAGCUGCUCAGCGACAGGAGAAGAUUAAUGUUGCGAGGACACUGGUCACUGGACGUCUGCCCGAAGCUAACUAUCAACUGCUGAAGUAUAUUGUGACUUUUCUGGUACGCGUUAUGGACCACUCGGAGUUUAACAAGAUGAACGCUUCUAAUUUGGCUAUUUUGUUUGGACCAAACCUGCUGUGGUCAAGAAGAGUCAACGAGCAACAGGCUUUUAGCUCACUGGACGCUAUUACGGCGAUCAAUCAUUUUACCGAGUAUAUUCUUCGCAACUAUGAUCAGAUUUUUGACCGUUGA